AAUAAAUAAAAUCUUAAAAAAUAGGCAGGCGCAGUUGUGUGCCGGAUUGCCAAGAUGUCAUUCCCUAAGUACCAGCCGUUGCCUCUGGCUACCUUACCCUCUACCCUCAACCCUGCUGAAUACAACAUCUCUCUGGAAGCCCGGAAGGCCCCAAGAUCCCAACCUAAAUGGGAGUAUCUGCUUCAGUACAACGACCCCAAAUGCCGAGAGCUCAUCGAAGAUCCUGUCUUGAUCCGUUGCGCCUACGCAAGAUCAGCAAACAUCAAUCCCAAUUUCAGACCCACUCCCAAGACUUCGCUCUUAGGAGCUCUGUUUGGAAUUGGGCCCCUUUUCUUCUGGUUUUAUGUUUUCAAAACUGACAGAGAUAAGAAAGAAAAACUUAUCCAGGAAGGAAAAUUGGAUUGAAUGUGGAACAUUUCAUAUUCAGUCUGGCAGUGAUGACUGUGUAUUAUUAUUUAA